AUGGCUUCACAAGCCGCCACCAAUAGCCAAUUCUCGUCGCCUUGGGCGGCGCGGUAUCGUGGGGCCACCGUCGAAGAUCUCGAUCCCCCCGCCGCCCUCUCCCUCACCCCGGACGACAGCGUCUCCGACGCGCUCCUCUCCGCCUUUGAGCGCGACUACACGCACCUCACCGUCGUCGACGCGUCCACGCGCGCUCUCCUCGGCUACAUUGCCAUGCCGCAUCUGCAGGCGCAGCUCGACGCCGGCAGCGUGCAGCCUCAAGACCCCCUGUCGGCCGCCAUGACGCGGUUUCAGCGAAAGGGGCGCGCGUACCGCGUCAUUACCAUGCAGACACCGCUGGAGGAGCUCGAGGCGUUUUUCCGGGGCGACGGCGGCGACGGCGCCGGCGCCGGCGCCGGCGAAAAGGACGGGGGGAAAGAAGGGGGCGGCGAGUGGGCGCAAGAGUUUGCGGUGGUGACGGACGAGAAUAGGAGGUUCGUGCUGGGGGUGGCAACGGUGCAGGACUUGGAAGAGUUUGUCAAGAGACGGCCCGCAUGA